AUUUAUGAAUAUUUCUGAUAUUUAAGCAUUAGCAUAAUUAAUAUAGACAGAAGAGGAAGAAAGCUCUUUUUCAAAUAUAAAUAAUAAUCCAAAUAAGGGAAGUAUUUUUGCUCCUAGUGAUAUUGGAUCUAAUGGUUAAAAAAAAGAAGUCGCUAAACCUUAUGCUUAAAUAUAAGUAAAGCUUGGUCAAAAAGAUCAAGAGUAAAAAGUGGAAUAGCAAUAGGAUAAACCAAAAAAAAAAGUUGCGGAUAAAAAUGAUAUAUGGGAUAUUGAAGAAGUAUAUAGAUUAUGAUUACUUAGAUUUAAGUACAAAAUAGACCUAAAUUGGAUAAUAGAUAAAGACCAGAUGUCGAUGUAUUGUAUAAGCAAAUAGUUGGAACUGAAGAUGUUUUUGGAGGAUGGAGUGGAAUUGAUCCAAGUUCAACUAAGUGUUAAGGAUUAUUAGUAAAGAUUAAAUUACCUGAUACUAAAUUAUCAGAAAUAAAUUUAGAAGUAAUGAAGUAACAGAUCAUAAUGUCAAGUACUUAAUAUUAUUUGGAUUUUAUCCUACCAUAUCCAGUAAAUGAGAAAAUGGGAAAGGCAAAAUUUGUAUCAGACAAAUCAGUAUUGGAAAUAGAAUUACCAAUUAUUCGUGAAGAAUUAUAUUGA